AUGACUUUGUUCAACAUCAAUGCUGUUGCUCAAGCUCCUCCCACAUCUCAGGGCUUGACGUAUAUAAACUCAACCAUCCACCCAGGCGCAUCCAUCUCUUUCAAGCAAACCACCAUCUGCGAGACCACUGAGGGCGUGAGAGGAUGGAGUGGCUACGUCAACCUUCCUCCUUCACCUCAAGAAGGUCGCAACUACCCAGUCCACACCUGGUUCUGGUUCUUUGAGGCUCGCAAGGAUCCUGCGAACGCGCCCUUGUCGCUGUGGCUUCAAGGUGGCCCUGGCGCACCAACAUCAGUGUCUGCUGUGAAUGAGAAUGGCCCUUGCAAUUUGCUCAACAACUCGAGAGAUUCUGUCAUUAAUCCUUGGUCUUGGAGCGAUAAGGUCAACAUGCUAUACAUCGAUCAACCGGUCAUGACUGGCUUCUCAUACGACUCAUUGAUCAAUGGUACCAUCUUUGAAGCUUUGUCUCCAUUCGCAGUUUUGCCCGCUCAGGUUCCGAAGAAUGACAGUUCGCUCGCUGGAAUCUUUUCCUCUGGAGAUAAGAGCUCGACACCCAAUAACACCUUAGCUGCUGCACCUCCGAUGUGGGACUUUAUGCAGAUUUGGCUGCGAGAUUUCCCAGGGUAUUCUGGUAAUAAGCAAAAGUUUAGUAUCUGGGGAGAGUCUUAUGGAGGACAUUGGGUCCCAACCUUUGCCGACUACUUCUACAAGCAAAACGACCGCAUCAGCUCUGGCGAGCUGAACGGGACACUACUCACCAUCGAAUCGCUUGGCCUAAUCAACGCUUGCAUUGACGCCGAGACUCAGAUACCCUUCUACCCUAUGAUGGCCGCCAAUAAUACCUAUGGUCUCAAAGUCUUCAAUGACACCACAUAUGCUUCCUCCAAGGCAGCUCUUCCUGAGUGCUUGAACCUCAUCAAGACCUGUAGAGCUAUUGAUCAAAGACUCAAUCCUGAUGGGUUUGGCAAUGACACAGAUGUGAAUCAGGCAUGCAACAAGGCUUAUGAGUAUUGUUUCAACUCUGUUGCUCGAGAGACUGCAUUGGGCAACAUCGAGGGUUACGAUGCAUUCCACUUCGAUAUCGCAUCGCCAUUCAUUCACAAUUUCCCGCCACGUUGGGCAGCUGGGUAUCUGAACAAUGCUACCGUGCAAGCAGAUCUUGGUGUUCCUCUCAACUUCACCGGCUUCUCCGCGGUCGUUGCUCAAGAAUUCGAGGCUUCGGGUGAUUUUCUCAAAGGCAAUGGUCUUGCCAUCCUUGGUCAAAUGCUUGACCGUGGUGUCAAAAUAUCUUUGCUAUAUGGAGAUCGCGAUUAUCAGUGUAACUGGUUUGGCGGCGAAGCCAUCAGUCUUGCCAUCAAUUCCAGCAUCUCAACCUCCUUUGAGAAAGCAGACUAUACUGAUCUGGAGACUAAUACCUCAUACAUCGGUGGUUUGACAAGACAAUACGGCAAUCUCUCAUUCAGUCGUAUCUUCCAAGCCGGUCACGAAGUGUCGUAUUACCAACCCGAAACAACAUAUCAAAUCUUCAACCGUGUCCUCUUUGACCGCGACGUCGCGACCGGUCUUGUCUCUACCCUUCCGACCUCAAAUGCUUCAACCUACGCCACAACAGGCUCCUCUUCCGCCCUCAUCUCUGUUGGUCCUGCUAUCAAAUUCGAGUCCGAUGCUCCGUCUUGCUAUCUCUGGGAUAUCAUGGAGACGUGUACACCUGCCCAGACCCAGCUGUUUAAGAACGGAAGUGCCAUCACUGAGGACUUCAUUCUUGUGGGGUAUACGUUUGGGGAUGGCACUAAAGUGUUCUAUAACCAGAGUGAGGGUGCUGGGAGUGGUAAUGAACCAUCGCCACAGUCGUAUGUUCCUGCCAAUGGAGCGUCGCGUGUUUCUGCGAUUUAUCUGGAAUUGGCUGUAAUGGUUGCCCUCAGUGUCGCUGUGGUCAUAUAG